UCGCUCUCGAUUCAUGCUUUCAGUAGGUAGCACGUAAGAAUUUCUCCAGUCCAUGUUGCGGUCAUUAUGCUGUUUGAAAUCAAUCCGACUCUUAUCUCUCGUACACAUGCCUACAUAGGGAGUAUGCGCUGUAAUCGGUGCUGUUGGAGUGUUUGAGUUGCGCCGACGGGUAUUCGCUUUGGCAAAAGACGAUUGAUCAGUAAUUACAUGGACAUCCAUCCCAUGCCCUUGAUUGAGCCAAAGGAUUCUGAGGUGAGACCUUAUCGUUGUCAGUAUUGAGUUAGGCGCGUAAACUGUCGCGGAACAUACGUCACCAUUCACGUGCGUUCGUGCUUGUGCAUGUCCACGAUAGCGUGAGUUAUUCGCGCCCAGAGCCCUUACAGAGUGAACGACUCCUCUUCAUCAGGCUUUCACCCAUGAUUCAAGAGACGUUGUGAUCUUUGGAUGUGCAAAGUCCAGACCGAUGAUUCAGCAAGAUCUUGGCGAUGUCGGGAACUGCUCCGCGCGUCAAGCUGUUAGUGCCACACCGUCAUCAUCACCCCGCAAUUCACUAUACAGCUACCCGUCCACCGUCGUAGGUCAUCAUCGCACGUGCCAAUCCCCCCAAGACCCUUCCAAGAAACACUGCCUCGCACGCCAAUACCUCUACUUCAUUAGGACCCCCAAGCGUUUAUCUUUUUGCUUUCGCAUCCUCUUUUUUGCAUCCGCGGGAAUUUCUUCGUUUAAUCAUGGCGUCAUACUUCGAUGUUGCGCCUGCCAAAGCCGCACCGGCGGCUGAUACUCUCGGUGCAGGAGAUCGGGCUGCGAUCGGGGAUAUGGGGCUGCUCAGUCCUCAGGUCGAGCGAAUACUGGAGGCUAUGGAGCUAGGUGAAGCGUCGAGUAGUUCGGACGAGGGUGAGGAUGACGACGACGACGACAAGAAGAAAGCUAGCCUAUCGGAACCGUCAGCAUCUAACGCCACGAACCAUCACCACAAACCAGAUACGGUAGCACCACGCCAACCCAACGGCUCUUUGCCCCCCAAGGCACGCGCGUCACUACUAUCUAACAAAAAUCAUACUAAACACCUGGGUGUCCCGGGACCGGGAACACCCCCACCUUCUGACCAACCAGUUCCCAAGGGGUUAAGGAAAUCCAAAGCUACCAAACCAUCCGACCUUUCGCGAUUCCAAAGUUUAAGAACAAUGUUGUUCAGCACGCACAUUGAGCAGAACAUGGCGAAGCAGAAUGCAGAGCUUGCGAAGGAUACGAACGCGAAUGCGGAGCCGGAGGAGAAAUGGAAGAAGGAUUUCGAAGAGCGGAAAGGCCUCGAGAGGACACCCACAUCAGACAACAAAGAAAAGGGAAAAGAGAAGGGCGUAAUGAAGAGAAUGGGAAGCAAACUGAAGAGAUUGACGAGCAAAGACGUACCCACUGUCAAGCGAGUGCGACAAGACGAUGGCAACCUAUCUACAGCCAGCUCGGAUGACGAUCAACAGCCAAAACAACAUCAGGUCGCGAAACCCUCCAAUCUCCGUGAAGAGAAGAAUGCUACGGAUGACGACGAAGAAUCGGAAAUAGACCACUCCGACAUUGAAGAUUUAGUCCGCUGGGUAUCACGAAGAGACCCCCCAAGUGAUGGCGAAGCUCGCACGAAGAAAGACACCAUCCCUGUCAUCGAAGAACCCUCAAACCAAGACGACUCCGGACACGAAAGCCUCGGUCACUCCGACGUCGAAGACCUAGUUAGAUGGGUGAGCCGUAAAUCCGGUCCAAGCCCACAGAAAUCUUCUCCGAACCGACAUCCCUCACCCCCAGCAGAAGUACCAGGGCUCUUCCCCGAACCGGAUCGCAGAUUAAGCUCUGCCUCUACACAGACUGACACCUCAGGUCCGACAGGUGCGGCCGCAGCAGCAGGGGAGACAGGCAAACGCCGAGCCCGUGGUGACACGAUAAGUCACGACGAUGUCGAUGAUCUCGUGCGCUGGGUAUCUCGCAAAGAAGGAUCCGAUACUGGUCCCGCUCCCUCUGCCAAUUCAAAGAAAUCCAAUCAAGACCCUGCAAAGGAUACACUCCCUACCCCAGAUCCGUCCUCCUCUGAAGACGAAGACGCGGAAGAGCUGGUUCGCUGGGUAACCCACAAAGACGAUACGUCUGGGGAGUCAGAUAUCGAAUCUUCUGCCCCGUCGAGCAAGUUGAAACCGUCGUCCUCCUCUACUUCUCUAGCGCAGAAGAAGAGACAAGGAGGCAGCACGCUCAAGCAGGAAGUGAUCUUACCGCAAGCGGGUGAGGGGGCGGCGGAUAGUCAUGCUAGCCUUACGCAAAACGAUGUUGACGAUCUGGUGCGUUGGGUGUCUAGGAGGAAUACAGAAGCCAAUUGA